GAUUUGGGAUACAUUGCAGGAAUGGUGUUUGGGGCCGGUUCUGAAACGACUGUGUUCACAAUCACAAUCAUAAUGAUGGCUGCUGCCACUCACACAGAUGCGCAGGCUCACAUACAAGAGGAACUCGAUAAUGUUGUGGGGCAUACACAGUGUAGGUUAUGCCUUUUCUUUGUGCAUCAACUGACUCAAAUAACUCCUGAUCAGUGCCGACAUUUGCUGAUCAGGAAAUGCUGCUGCAAGUCAUUCAGGGCUAUCGCAAAUGAUCCCGAGGUUUUCCCAGAACCACAUAAGUUUAAUCCUCAGCAUUGGAUCGAUGAUGCAGGUCGUGUGCGCGGUGAUCUCAAGUUUUUCACUUUUGGUUUUGGCCACCGUCAACAUGUCGUGAAUCAGUCUGUCUUCAUCAACACGGCUCUUAUUCUGUGGGCCUUCCGCCUUUUGGAGAAUCCUGCAGCAAAGAUUGACACGCUUGCAUUCUCUGACAUUGCAAACAUACAUGCUACUCCAUUCGAGAUAUGUUUUACAAAGAGGAUCGAUAAGAAUGUGAUCAGGGAACUAUGCGCACCAGGCAAAUAA